UUCAGUUAUUUGAAAUAACAUAGGAAAUCCAGAGAUAAAACACAAGUCCUUGGUUUUACUACUUAAUUGUAUUCUCUUUGCAUGCAGUUCCCUUUUUCUGAUCAAAAGAUUGCUCCGUAUGUAAGAAAAAGCUUAGAAGAGAUCCCAGUUCAGUCAGAAAUCCAAGGCAUGAAUAGAACAGCAAAGCCUCAUCCCAGCUGAUGAACAGUAUGACCCCAGUUACUCGACAAGAAGUUCUUGGCCUUUACCGCAAGAUAUUCCGAAUAGCCAAAAAAUGGCAAUCAGCAUCAGGACAGAUAGAAGAAACUGUUAAAGAGAAAGCGUACAUUAUCAAUGAAGCCCAAACAUUAUUCCGAAAAAACAAAAAUGUAACAGAUCCAAAGUUGAUUAAGCAGUAUAUAGAAGAAUGUGAGGCAAGAAUUGAAAUUGGACUUCACUAUAACAUCCCCUACCCAAGGCCUAUCCACCUGCCUCCUAUGGGUCUUGCCCAUAAACAAGGCCGUAUGUUGCGACACCAGGAAAAGUUAAGGAAGAUUUCUAAGCCAAUAUACUUGAAAUCCCAUGAUGAAGUUUCAUAACCCAUUAUUUAAGAUGUGAUGUGUAAUCACAUCAUUUAAACUGUGGACUGCAAUCGAGGUGAUUUGUGUGCACAUCUGUGAAUGAAGCUGUUUGGUCACCUGCUCACAUAUUUCUGGAUGCCAGAAAGCGAUGAUAUAAUGUAUACGAUGGACAAGAUUGGUCUGGUAUUUAUUACAUUUCAACCACUGACGCCUCAAUAAAGGUAACACUUUUCAAGGAGCGAGGUGUGAUACAAGAUUACUUUGACAUCAGGAAAAUUACAUCAGGUUUUUAAACUCUGUUCAUUUAUAGCAGGGUUCCCUGGUGGUUUGAGAAUUAUAUAUGCUCAGUUGUGAUUCAAGGCAGUGCCUUGUGUAAGAGUCAGCAAGAAUCAAGAAAGCCCAGGAGAAUAAAGCAGACACUGUACCUCCAGACCUUCCAAAUGCAGGUGGGAAUACACUGACUGCAGCUGCACUCCUUCCUCUCUUGUCCCUGCUCUGCCUAUUGUCCCUGAAGAAUCGUUCCAGUUUCAUAGUACCCUUAUAGAGAAAUAUUGUUUCUAAAGGGACAGUAGCAAAGGGACAGCAGAAAUGCCACAAGUCCUCCUUUUAUCUUUUUGCAAAUUGCAGGGGAGUAGCCUAGACCCUCUAUGUCAUCUUUUCUUUUGGUUCCCCCUCACUUCCUUUGGACAGGGCGUGGAUAUGAAAUGCAAAGUUUGGAAUGCCAUUACACAACUUGGAGUGAAACAUUCCACUCUUGGGUUCCUCGGGUUCCUCAGGUUCCCAUGUAUGGACUGACUGAAAACUCUCCCUUCAGGGUAUCACUAUGGAAGCCAGCUUAGGAUGCUUUGCGUGUCUUCACUGUGCAUUUUUACAUGGUUAGCUUUUCAGCAUAAUCAGCACACUGGCUUUCUCAACAAUUAUUUUAGAGUUAGGUUUUAAUUCUUACAUUAUGGACAGAACUUCACCUUUAUUAAAAGAAAGCACCUACAACUAUUUCUUCUGCCUUUUAAGUUUGAGGGCCAUUUCUGUUUUGCAGGUGCCUCGUGAAUGGAAGUGAAAUUAAAUUAAUUGCCCCCUCACUGGCCACCAAUUGUUUUGGCUCCCUUUCAGUGCUCUGGCUUUACCAGGCUGUUUUCUUCAGGAAAGGUAGGCUAGAAGUACCAAUGAGACCAAGCUGUGGACAAGAACCACACUCUACUGGGAGACUGUAUAAGCACAGCCCACAGCUGUGUUGAGGGCAGAGGGUAUGAGCAGCAACCUAUUCCAGCCAGAAGUUAAGGAUGGUAAAAAAAGCAGAUUUGAAAAAUGCAGUGUACAUUAUUUCCUACUGAAAUGGGCAAAACCAAUGAAGUAUCAUUUUCUGAGCUCUACAAGUUCUAAUAGAAAAUGGCAAAGAAAUAUUCCUGUCUACCUUAAAAAUAAGUUAAAACUGGUCAUGUGCAGAACAGAGUGACAGUUGCUUCCCAAGAAUGUACUGUGGAAAAAAAAAAAAACAAGUGGAUGAGAAAGUACAAGGAAACAAUGAGAAGAACAAGUCAGCAUGACAGGUACUGUCUAGUCCAAUUUCUCACUACCUUUUAUGGCUCCAGUCCACAAAGGUAUCUAUUCCCAUAUAAUUAUUUCCUGGGAAUACCUCCUGUGGGAAGUAUCAUGUAAAAUGCCAUUGUUCUGCCUGUCAGUGGGAGCUUUGCAAAUUUACUGCUGCCAGGAAGACACAAAACAAAACUCCUUUAGCAGAGGAAAAGUGGGAUGGAACAAAGACAGUAAAAAAUAACGUGAUUAUACACACUGCUUAAUCCUUCAUUGAAACAAGUCCAAAUACAGUCUUUUCCUAUCCUCAUGCACAGUGUAGACGUGUCAAUUGAGCCAAAGAAAAAUGUGCAGAGACAAGUGUUUUGAAUGGGAGCUUAGGCUUAUUCUUUAUCAUUGAGCUAUCAUUCUGAAUCUUCUGAAUUGUUAAAAUUCACGUGGCUAAUGAAGGUACUGAUGCUGUGACUCAUCAGGUGGAUAAACAGCUAUGUAAAUGA